UGUAGGGGCGCGGCCAGGCGAGCGGGUCCGGCGCGCGGGCCGCGGUGGCGCCGGCCUGAGCCCCGAUGGACGCGCAGCCGCUCGGGCCCGACGCCGUGCUGGGCUUCCUGGCGGAGCGCGGGGGCCGGGCGCCGCACGCCGAGCUGGUGCGGCACUUCAGGGCCGCCCUGGGCGGAGAGGCCGAGCAGCGCGCCCGCGCGCGCGCCCACUUCAAGGACCUGGUCAAUGCCGUGGCCACGGUGCGCACCGACCCCGCCGACGGCACCAAGUACGUGCAGCUCAAGCGCCAGUUCCGCGAGGGCUCGCCGCCCGCCGGGGCGGGGGCCGCGGGCGACGGCCGCGCCCCGGGCCCCGCCGCCCCGCCCGCCCCGCUCGAGCCCCGCCAGGACCCCGCGCCGGGCGCCCGGUCCCCGCAGCCUCGGCGGGGCGGCCCCGCGGCGGGCGGCGGGCGCGCGCGGGGCGGCGGCGAGCCGGACGCGGCGUCUGCGGGCCCGGCGGCCGAGGACGAGGGCGGCGGCGCGGUGACGCUGGACCCGCUGGAGCACGCCUGGAUGCUGUCGGCCGCCGACGGCCGCUGGGACAGCCUGGAGGGGCUGCUGGGCUGCGAGCCCGCGCUGCUGACCAAGCGCGACUUCAUCACCGGCUACAGCUGCCUGCACUGGGCCGCCAAGCACGGCCGGCACGAGCUGCUGGCCAUGCUGGUCAGCUUCGCCGGCCAGCACCGGCUGCCCGUGGACAUCAACGCCCGGACGAGCGGGGGCUACACCGCCCUGCACCUGGCGGCCAUGCACGGCCACGUAGAGGUGGUGAAGCUGCUGGUGGGCGCCUACGACGCGGACGUGGACGCCAGGGACUACAGCGGGAGGAAGGCCUCGCAGUACCUGAGCCGCGGCACGGCCGAGGAGAUCCGGAGCCUGGUGGGCGCCCUGGAGGAGGAGGCGCCGGAGGGCGGCGCGGCGGGCGGCGGGAGCGGCCGCUGGCGGCUCUCUCGGGUCCUGCCCGCGCACCUGCUCGCCCACCGGCCCGCGCACGCGGCCGAGGACGCCGGCGACCUCCCGCACUCCGGGCUGGAGGGGGGCGCGGCGCGCAGGGGCCCCCACGCCGCGCGCGCCAGGCCCCGGCUUGGCAGACUCCGCUUCCGGACGCAGGGGGUCCCGGGCGCGGCACCCUGCAGGCCGCCGGAGCCGCCCCCAGACGAGGAGGAGGAGGACGAGGAGGAGGGGGAGCGGGCGCCCCGCGGACAGGCGUCCGCGCUCAGACUCAGACCCAAGUCCAGUGUGUUCGGGUAGGGCGGUUCGGCUCUUCCCGCACGCACACAGCCGGGCGCCGGCCGGGGGGUCUGGAGAGUCACCCCGUGCUGGGUCGUGGGGGGCGCGUAGGCCGCAUCCGAGUCCGAGCUCGGCGCUGUGUCCACCCCGGUUCCGUUUCUGGGUGUGAGCGGGUGCUUAGUCGGGGCAGGAGGCGCGGGUGGGAUGCCUUCGUGUCGGCUUCAGUGGUUACACUCCCAGGAACAAAGAAUCUCAAGUUGUCUGAAACAAAGCUGCGUGCUGUUCUGGAUUGUUUCGCUGUUUUACUACUGAAGGUCAAGUUGGUUGAAACUAAGAAAUGCUAAGAGAAUAUAAUGUUGAGGGGGUGGGAGAAUCUUGUUGGUGUCCUACUUGGUCAAUUGUCUCGGCUUUACUCAUGGAAGAAGUAGGCAGUGUUCACUUGAGUUCAUCUGUAGUAUGGCUUUCUCGAAACUAUCGUUAACACCCUGGUCCUCGGUAUUAAGGAAAACAAUUAACAAAUCUGUAUCUAAAGAAAACUCUUAACAAGAACCCACGGUACUCUGGAAGUGCUUCCUCUGCUUCUGAUCAUAACUUGUUUUCUCCUCUGAAAGUCCAAACGUGCUGAGCUUGUUGUCCAGGGGAACCGUGUAGCCAUUGGUCAUUUUUUUCAUGACCCUAUUUAAUGAGUUGCUUAUAGAAAUCAUUUCUAGUGAAAUUACUAAGAACAGGAAUAAAUCAUAUUGAGCCUGUGCUUCUGUGAAGUAAUUCAGCAGAGUGAUUUUUAUGUAAGGUACAGUUUUUAUUUUACUAUAAAGUACAACUCGUGAUUGCUCUGUGGCAGUGCUUGAAAUACUAAAUCCUUUCAAUUUUCCAUAUUUACUAGAAUAUAUUCUAAACUUACAGUAAAGUUACUGAAAAGCUGAGUAGUAAAUCUGCUUAGUUAAAAAUAGCACUUUAUAAAAGAGAAAAGAGAACAGAUGGGUCUAUUUCUAUCCUUAAGUGCUGCUGGCUAUUGAAUCCCUCUGCAUAUAUAUAUGGAAAAUAGCAUUCAUUAAAUACUUAAAUGCAGUUCUUAAUUACAUUUCACUAAAAUAUAUUAAGACAAUGUAUUUAUAGUUAUUUAAAAGUUUAACUUACAAGCAUAUUAAAUCAACUCUGACAUGAUUCAAAACAACUUUUGUGGGAGACUAAUUACAAGGCUUUCUCCCUUGGUCUUUUUGGUCUCUUAAUUGCUGAAACAUAAGGACCUUUUCACCUAUAGACAUUACUUACGGCUUGGAGCUUGACUAGAUCAAAAUGAAUUGCACAGAGCUACAAUGUCUAACAUUCACAAGCUAUCAAUUUCCCAAAUCGCAGAAAUAUUUAACAAGUUUGUCAAAUGUCUAGAGGGAAUUAUGUUUAAAAACUAAUGAAAAAUAUUCACAGAGCAUAUAUAAACUAGCCUUUUGUGUGCCUUUGAUUUAGAAUUAUUAAAAUGGACCAUGUUCAUAUGAUAAGCACUUUUAUCUAUACAUGUAGGAUACACUCUACUUUUGUAUACAGUCUACUGUUGUGUAAAUUACAAAUAGUUAUUCUUGGGCCAGAGAGAUUAGCUCAGAAAAGUUGGUACAGGUUUGCCCGCACACUCAGUCCCCAGCACCCAGUAGUCCUCCAUUAGGGGUGACUUCUGGAUAGCUUUGGAGCACUGCCAGAUGUGGCUCAGAAAACAAAAUGAAACCAAAAAAAUUAUUAUUUGAAAGUGAACAUUCUUGUAUAUGCUUACCUGUAUCUGGUGCAGAAUAAGCUAUAUUUCCACUGAAGAAUAUUACAUGUCUGACGUGAAAAACUAAAGUGAAAUUUAAGAUUAGACACUUCAGAACAGUCUAAGUGCCCUCUUAAAUGGUCAGUAUUAAACUUCUGUGUAUGUUAAUAACUAGCACAAAAGUCUAUAAUUUGCUACAUAUUUAGGUAUUGAGUCAGUCUUUAAAUUGCUUUUCACAUUCAGAAUUUUUACUUUCUCUGUAGGAUAUACUUUAAAAAGAAAUCAUUCCUGAGAGGAACUACUUAUAGCAUUCUUUGUAAUGAUGUGCUCAUUCUCAGGAAUUUAACCUUUUUUAAAGCUACUUAACAUUCCUCCUAUUUUUUUAUUUCCAAAUCAAGAUUAUUAAAAAGCAAGUUGCUUGUGAGUUUUGGUAUUUGCGGAGUAGUGCCUGCUAUUCAUAGAAAUACGGGCAUAAGUUAUUAGAUGUUUGUUAAUGUGAAACUGGCAAAGCCCAUGUAUGUCUUACAUAUUUCUUGUAGGUACAUUGAGACUAAUGAAUGUCACAGUUCUCUUCCUUUUUUGUUACAUAAACUAUAGCUAAUUUGAAAACCUGGUACUAUUUUGUUCAUGCCUGAAAUCUAAAAUCUUGCAAUCCAGGGUGCCUUGUGUCUUAUAUUUUAAAUAAAUGAAACUCUAGGAUUUUAAAAUGUAAAUCUGUAGUGUUUGUUUUGUCAGAAUAAAAGGUAUGCAGGA